AUUAUUUUUAUCCUCUCGUCCAUCCGUUCGAACCUUCGUAUUCUGCUUCCUAGAGAUAUGGCGGAACGCACGAAACCUUAUGGAUGCAUGCAGAUUCUGGUGCGACGGGAAUUGAACUUAGGAUACCGCUUCGGCAUACAGAACCGACUUGCUCAUGUGCUUAUUCUACGGCUAACUAAAACUAAUUCACUCACCAACCAACCAGCGAAAACAAUAGCGAUUCCUCUUAGCUCUUCACCGCGGCCCGUAUUGGCCGCGCUGCCCAAAGGAUCUCUGCGGGGGGCCUCCCCGGCCUCCAAAGUCUCCGCGUCCGCCGCCCCGUCCGCCGAAGCCUCCUCUCCCCCCGCGGCCUCCGUCCCUGCCGCCGCGGCCACCGAAGCGUCCGCCGAACCCUCCUCGCCUCCUGUCCUCGGCCUUGCGAAUGAUCGCCGCUGCCUGGCCCACCGCUUGGCCGACACCCUCGGGCGGAGCUCCCCCGUGUUUCCUCCAGUGCUUGAUUCUGAACACCGGCGGCAACCGAAACAAAAAACGGAGACACGCGAAUCGAAUCAAACCCAUCCAUGCGCCAGCGAAGAAGACAGUUUCCGUGAGUAAAUCUGAUUGUAAACAUUUUUAGGUACGAAAAUGAGGACUCACCUUGCUAUACGGAGCGCGGUGAUCUAAACAAAGAAAACAGCUGCAA